GCUGGAGGCUCUUACUACAUGAUUUCAAGAUCUUUAGGGCCAGAGUUUGGUGGAGCAGUGGGACUUUGUUUCUACUUGGGUACAACCUUUGCAGGAGCGAUGUACAUUCUUGGUACCAUUGAAAUUUUGUUGACCUACAUUUCUCCAAGUGCUGCUAUAUUUAAAGCAGAAGAGGUUGGUGAAGAAAGAGAGGCUAUGCUGAACAACAUGAGAGUUUAUGGAACAUGUAUCAUCAUUCUGAUGGCCAUAGUAGUUUUUGUAGGAGUAAAGUAUGUCAACAAACUUGCACUGGUCUUUCUUGCCUGUGUGAUUCUUUCUAUCAUUGCCAUAUAUGCUGGAGUUAUUAAGACUGCUUUUGAUCCACCCAACUUUCCUAUCUGUCUCCUUGGAAACCGUACAUUGUCAAAACGCAGCUUUGAUAUCUGUGCCAAAUUUACUGAAAGCAAUAAUGAAACAAAGACUACGACUUUGUGGCGCCUAUUCUGUGAUAGUUCUUUGCUUAAUGCUACAUGUGAUGACUACUUUAAUCUCAAUAAUGUAACAGAAAUUCAAGGGAUUCCAGGCAUAAUGAGUGGAGUUCUAAUUGAUAAUCUGUGGAGUACCUAUUCAGAAGAAGGAUCAAUAGUUGAGAAAAAAGAUCAGCCAUCAGUUGUUGGAUCAGAAGAAAUAAAAAUGGGUGGACUCCCUUAUGUUUUUACAGACAUCAUGACCUACUUCACAAUGCUUGUGGGGAUUUAUUUCCCAUCUGUGACAGGUAUUAUGGCAGGUUCAAACAGAUCCGGAGAUCUUAAGGAUGCUCAGAAAUCUAUUCCUACUGGAACAAUUUUGGCUAUUUCAACUACAUCUUUUAUUUAUCUCUCCUGUAUAGUGUUGUUUGGUGCCUGCAUAGAAGGUGUGAUAUUAAGAGAUAAGUUUGGAGAAGCAGUUAAUGGAAAUUUAGUGGUUGGCACACUGGCCUGGCCUUCUCCGUGGGUUAUUGUGAUUGGUUCAUUCUUUUCAACAUGCGGUGCCGGUCUCCAGAGUCUCACUGGUGCACCCCGUUUGUUGCAGGCCAUUGCAAGAGAUGGCAUUGUACCAUUUAUUCAAGUGAGAUUUUUGUUUUUUCUUUGCA